AUGGCAACUCCGAAAGGACGGAAAAAGUCAGAUAAAGAGAAAAUAGAUGAACCCUUCUCGGAGAACAAGGAUUCUCCGAAGAAGUCCAGGAAUACGUUGCAGGAGGACAAGGCUACGAAAAUGCGAGCGUGUUUGUGCUGCCGUUUGCUGCGCACGGAGGCUGAGUUCUACCAGAAUGGCUGUAGCAACUGCAAGUUUUUGCAGAUGGCCGGAGACCGACACCGUAUCCACGACUGCACGACGGAGAACUUCAACGGGUUCAUGGCGAUAACAACCCCAACCAAAUCUUGGAUGGCUCAAUACAACGACCUCAGCAAAUACGCCCCGGGCUUUUACGCUUUGCAGGUGGUGGGGGAAUUGCCGGAGUCUAUAAGGGACUUGAAGUCGAACUAUUAA